CAGAUUUUCGUCAAGACCCUGACGGGGAAGACGAUCACGCUCGAUGUCGAGCCCAGCGACACCAUCGACAACGUGAAGCAGAAGAUCCAGGACAAGGAGGGCAUCCCCCCGGACCAGCAGCGCCUCAUCUUCGCCGGGAAGCAGCUCGAGGACGGCCGCACGCUCAGCGACUACAACAUCCAGAAGGAGUCGACGCUGCACCUCGUGCUCCGGCUGCGCGGCGGCGGCAAGAAGCGCAAGAAGAAGACGUACACGAAGCCCAAGAAGGCGAAGCACGUCCGCAAGAAGGACAAGCUCCGCGUGCUCCGGUUCUACAAGGUCGACGACGACGGCAAGGUCGUCCGCCUCCGCAAGUACUCGCCCGCCGCGGGCACCGACGGCUGCUUCAUGGCCCAGCACUUCGACCGCUACUACUGCGGCAAGACCGGCCACACCUACUUCUACAACAAG